AUGUGGUUCAUUUUUGGGGGCAAGGUGGGGCCCCAGCUGAAACUUGAGAGGCGCAGAUGCAGCGCUCUCCAGUUCCCACGGCCCGAGGCAGCAUCAGCCGAGUGCCCGCACCGCGGGGACCGCCCGGAUGCUGCCCCGGGGUGGUCGGAGCACAAUCGUGCGGACGUCAAGCCCGAGCUCAGCGCAGCAGUGCCGAAGGACCCCUCACAUGCCAGCCAGCUUCCCGGGAGGCUGUGGCUGCACGGGGAGACCGAGCUUACGAGCUUCCCCGUGACUUUCCUCCAGUGCCUGGAUGCUCUGCUCUUAGUGGAAACUCAGUCUGGAGACAACGAUGCUGUGCCCACAUCCCACAGCCGCUCCUCUUGGCUGUCGGCUCUACGUUGCUUCACCAUGAAGCGUCCACACAGCGCUGAGCGUGCCAUGCACUGUGGCACACCCGUGACCCCUCCUGCACGGGGAACUUGGGACGUGAACUACGUGGGCAAACAAAGCGUCCGCUGCAGGUCGCGGGGCCCGGUCAGCCCCCAGCCCGGGUCGGACCCCGGCUCUCCGUACAGCCUCACCCAGGUCUCGGGCGCGUUCUCUCACGACGAGUGGUCAGUUCACACCCCUGCAGACGGGGAAGAAAGCGGCAAGUGUGAAGCGGCACCUCCACCCGCGCAUUUAAAGCGGCGCCCGUUGGAGGGCAGAGGAGACGCGCAAGCCGUUCGGAGCUCCACUUCUGACGAGUCGUGCGGGCAGAGCCGCUCCGGGGCUAGGAAAAGUGCUUCUUCCCCCGCCCCUUCCCCCCUGGCCCGUCCUGCUCGAAAACGCGAAGGCGGCAGCGGAGAGGACGGGGACAGCUGGAAGAAGCCCCUCUUGCGGCGGGGAGCCGCCCUGUCCAGAGUCUCCCGGUGCCACCCGGUCAGCGGUGCGGGGGGCAUCGUACCGGCGGGAGGGCGGAGCGGGGGCGGCGGAGGGCAGGGGCAGGGAGGGGCGCGGCGCGCGCCCCACCGCCCCCGCCGCCCCCCGCCGCGGCCGCCACUUCCCGCGGGCGUCGCUCGGCGGCGGGCGCUGCCUCCGCAGGAAGCGGCCCCGCGCCCGCCCCUCCCGCGCCCGGCGACGGGCUCAUGCACUGUGCGGCGCGGCGGCGGGAUGGCUCCGGUCCGGGCGGCGGGCGCUGAGCUGCGGCCCCCCGCGCUGCUGCCGCUGCCGCUGCUGCUGUUGCCGCUGCUGCUGCCCGACCGCGCCGGCGGCCUGGAGGUGCAGCGCAAGUUCCUCUCUCCCACUCCCACCAACAACUUCGCGCUGGACGGCCCAGGCUCUCGCGUCUACCUGGCGGCCGUCAACCGGCUCUUCCAGCUGUCGGGGGGCGAGCUGGCGCUGGAGGCGGAGGCGGCUGUGGGGCCGGUGCUGGACAGCCCGCUAUGCCACGCGCCGCAGCUGCCACAGGCCUCCUGCGAGCACCCCAGGGUGCUCACCAACAACUACAACAAGAUCCUGCAGCCGGACCCCGAGCAGGGCGUCCUCGUCGUCUGCGGCUCCAUCUACCAGGGCCUCUGCCAGCUGCGCAGCAUGGCCAACAUCUCGGCGGUGGCCGUGCGCUUCCCGCCGGGCGGCAGCGACUCUGUCACCGUCUUUCCCAGUAUGCUGAACGUGGCGGCCAACCACCCCAACGCCUCUACCGUGGGGCUUGUGCUGCGCCGUGGCGGCGGCGGCGGGGCGCGGCUGCUGGUGGCCGCCACCUACACCGGCUUCGGCAGCCCCUUCUUUCCCCGCAACCGCAGCCUGGAGGACCACCGCUUCGAGAACACGCCCGAGAUCGCCAUCCGAGCCCUCAACGCCCGCGGCGACCUGGCCAAGCUCUUCACUUUCGACAUCAACCCCUCCGACGACAACAUCCUCAAGAUCAAGCAGGGCGACAAGGCGCGGCACAAGCUCAGCUUCGUCCGCGCCUUCCUGCAGCGCGGAGCCGCGCCGCGCGCCCGCCGCCCCUACGCCUACCUGGCGCUCAACAGCGAGGCGAACGCGGGCGACAAGGAGAGCCCGGCGCACAGCCUGCUGGCCCGCAUCUGCCUGGGCGAGCCGGCCGAGGCCACCCUCAACGGCAGCGGCGAGACCAAGAAGCUGACCGAGUCCUACAUCCAGCUGGGGCUGCGCUGCGGCGGCGCCGCCGACGCCUUCACCCGUCUCGUCUCGGUCUUCCCGGCGCGGGCGGCUUGGCGCAGUCCCGCCGCGCCCCCCGACCCCGGCCCGGCUCCGGCCCCGCCACCCCCCGAGGAGCUGCUCUUCGGCGUCUUCGAGCGGGCCGGGGCCGGUGGCGCCGGGGGGCGGCCGCAGUCCGCGCUCUGCGUCUUCCGCUUCGCCGAGAUCGAGGAGACGAUCCGGGCCGCCCGCAACUCCUGCUUCGUCAGCCCCGCUGCCGGCAUGGUCACCGUGCUGGACAGCGUGGUGCAGGGCACCGGCCCGGCUUGCGAGAAGAGGAACAUACAGCUGCAGCCGGAGCAGCUGGACUGUGGAGCAGCGCACCUCCAGCACCCACUGGCCAUCGUGAACCCCAUCACAGCCACCCCCAUCUUCACUUACAGUGGCCUGACCGCAGUGGCAGUGGCCAGCGUCAACAACUACACUGUUGUGUUCCUGGGCACCGCCAGUGGAGGACUCCUGAAGAUUAACCUGGACACUACCAUGAAGGUUAUUAGCAGGAGAUCCAUUUCAGUGGCUUACGGAGAGCCUGUCCACCCUAUCAUGCAGUUUGACCCUUCUGAUCCCACCUAUCUUUACCUGAUGACCUCCUACCAGAUGACGCGGGUGAAGGUGGCUGCCUGCAGCCAGUACUCGACGUGCACGGAGUGCCUGGCCGCCGCUGACGCCUACUGCGGGUGGUGCACGAUGGAGACCAGGUGUUCUUUGCAGCAUGAGUGCACCAACUCCACAGGGGCCAACUUCUGGGCGAGUGUGAGUGAAGGAGUGCAGCAGUGCCCCUCCAUGACCAUCCUGGAGCCUGAGAUCAAUAUUGACAAAGAGAACCCGGCCCUGAUAAUACAAAUAAAUGGAACUAUCCCAAACCUGAAUGGAACAAAUAUUUCAUGUGACUAUGGAAACAACAUCCACACGGUAGCCAGAGUUGCUGGAGAUUAUGUAAACCAAUUUAUUUAUUGCAGUUUGCUUCCACGUGAGAAAUAUCCAGCAUUUCCUGAUGACCAAGACCAUGUGGUUGUUGAAACUGCUCUCCGGGUCAACAGCAAAAACAUUAUCCAGGCCAAUUUCACCAUCUAUGAUUGCAAAAGGACUGGAAACAUUUACCCAAAGAGAGCGUGUACCAGCUGCCUCUCAGCCAGGUGGAAGUGUCAUUGGUGCCCCUCCACCUACACCUGCGUCUCCAACCACUCACAGUGUGUCAGCGCGCUGCAGAUGAAGAAGAAAAUUGACUGUCCUCGAAUUGUACCUGCCCCUUUGGAGCCAAUACCCACAGGAGUAUCUCGGGACAUCACGAUCUCACUGGCCAAUGCAACUUUCUCUAAGGAGACAGCUCUGGAGUGCCAUUUUGGGACAGACAGGACAUUUGAAGCCCGGUGGGUGAACUCCUCCGCUGUGGAGUGUGUGCAUGUGCUGCUUCACACAUCAGAAAAAAGCCAUCAAUUCCCAGUGAACCUCCAGCUGAAGGACAGACCAGACAGAUUUAUUGACAGUCCAGAGAUGAUGACAGUGGAGGUGUACAACUGUGCAACCGGCAGUGCUGACUGCUCCCAGUGCCUGGGGAGGGAGGACCUGGGGCACCGCUGCCUCUGGAGCGAGAGCAGCUCCAGCUGCAGGCUGCACACCGAGCCCCCCCAGGUCUCUGAUGUCUGCCCUGCUCCUGAGAUUAGGAAGAUCGAGCCGCUGCGUGGGCCGCUGGAGGGGGGCACACUGCUGACCAUCCGUGGGAGGAACCUGGGCCGCCGCUUCAGCGACGUCCUCACUGCUGUCUGGGUGGGCAGCGUGCACUGCGCCCCGCUGCCCGACAGAUACAUCGUCUCUGAGAUGAUUGUGUGCCAGACUGGAGAGGCUCAGGAGGCGUUCUCGGAUGUGGUAACGGUUAAUGUGAGCCGGGAAGGGAAGUCCAGGGAGCGAUACUCCUAUGUGCUUCCCCUGGUGCAGUCCAUUGCUCCCCCAAAUGGCCCGAAGGCUGGAGGAACCAGAGUGACCAUCAGAGGCAGCAGGCUGGAUGUCGGCUCGGAGCUCCGUGUCCUCAUCAACUCCUCCAAGCAGUGCACUGACCUCAGCCGCACUGACAGCACCAUCACCUGCACCAUGCCCGCCGCGGAGCUCACCACGCCUGUGCCAGUCUGCGUGCAGUUUGAGAACAAGUCUUGUACCAGCCUCAACAUCACUUUCAAGUAUGAGAAGAACCCAGUUAUAUCAGACAUCAACCCCAAAAAGAGCCAGAUCAGUGGGGGCAGGAUCAUCACCCUGGAAGGAAGAGGCUUUGGGCUGGUCCAGAACGUGUCCAUGGCUGUCCGUGGCAUCGGCAGAGAACACACGUGCUGCAAGGUUCACACUGACACCACGAUCACCUGCCCCUCUCCAGCUGCCUCCAACAUCACUGUGGGGAGCAAACCUGCCCCCGUUGACUUCUACCUCAAUGGGCGCCUCUACGCAGAUGACCGCCCAGCUCUGGAUGAGGAGAUGUACCCUGAGGAGGCCCUGCACUUCAGCAAGUUCAGCCUGGAGUACUAUGCUGACCCCCAGUUCUCCACAGCCAAGAAGGAGAAGUGGAUCAAGCACCAUCCCGGCGAGCCCUUAACUCUGGUCAUACACAAAGAGCCUGACAGCCUGGGCCUGGAGAGCAAUGAGUACCAGGUGAAAAUCGGCCUGAUCUCAUGUGAGAUCCAGAUUGUUUCAGACAAAGUCAUCCACUGCUCCGUCAAUGAGUCGCUGAGCACCUCAGAAAGGCAGUUACCCGUGACGAUCCAAGUUGGAAAGUUCAACUACACAAUCGCGAUGCUGCACCUUGGGGGAGGAGAGACCGCAAUCAUUGUCUCCAUCGUCAUCUGCAGCAUCCUGCUGGUCCUUUCUGUUGUAGCACUCUUUGUGUUCUGCACAAAGAGCCGCAGAGCUGAGCGCUACUGGCAGAAAACCCUGCUCCAGAUGGAGGAGAUGGAGUCACAGAUCCGGGAGGAAAUCCGCAAAGGUUUCGCGGAGCUGCAGACAGACAUGACCGACCUGACCAAGGAGCUGAACCGCAGCCAAGGGAUCCCCUUCCUGGAGUACAAGCACUUUGUCACCAGGACGUUCUUCCCCAAAUGUUCCUCUCUCUACGAGGAGUGCUACGUCCUCCCGUCCCAGCAGCUCAGCUCCCAGGUGGGCUCCCAGGUCCAGGAAACACAUCCGCUCCUAGUGGGAGAAUGGAAGAUCCCUGAGAACUGCAGACCCAACAUGGAAGAAGGAAUCUCACUGUUCUCCACCUUACUCAACAACAAGCACUUUCUCAUCGUGUUUGUCCAUGCUCUCGAGCAACAGAAGGACUUUGCUGUCAGAGACAGGUGUAACCUGGCGUCACUGCUUACGAUUGCGCUGCAUGGGAAACUGGAGUAUUACACUAGCAUCAUGAAGGACCUCUUGGUAGAUCUAAUAGAUGCUUCAGCUUCCAAAAACCCCAAGCUGAUGCUGAGAAGAACGGAAUCGGUGGUGGAGAAGAUGCUCACCAACUGGAUGUCCAUCUGCAUGUACAGCUAUCUCAGAGAGACAGUUGGAGAGCCCUUCUUCCUGCUGAUCUGUGCCAUCAAACAGCAGAUUAACAAAGGUUCCAUUGAUGCCAUUACGGGAAAAGCCAGGUACACCCUCAACGAGGAGUGGCUGCUGAGAGAGAACAUUGAGGCAAAGCCAAGGAACCUCAACGUCUCCUUCCAAGGCUGUGGGAUGGACUCCCUGAGCGUCAGGGCCAUGGACACAGACACACUCAGCCAAGUGAAGGAGAAGAUUCUGGAGGCCUUCUGCAAGAAUGUCCCCUACUCCCAGUGGCCAAGGGUGGAAGAUGUUGACCUUGAGUGGUUUGCCACCAGCACCGACAGCUACAUCCUGCGGGACCUCGAUGACACCUCGGUGGUGGAGGAUGGCAGGAAGAAACUCAACACAUUAGCACAUUACAAGAUCCCUGAAGGGGCGUCCCUGGCCAUGAGUUUGUCAGACAAGAAGGACACCACACUGAGCAGAGUGAAGGAUCUGGACACUGAGAAGUACUUUCACUUGGUUCUCCCAACCGAUGAAUCAGUGGAACAUAAGAAGUCCCACAGGCAGAGCCAUAGGAAGAAAGUCCUUCCAGAGAUCUACCUGACACGGCUGCUCUCCACCAAGGGCACACUCCAGAAGUUCCUGGAUGACUUGUUCAAAGCCAUUCUCAGUAUCCGAGAUGAUAAACCGCCUGUGGCCGUGAAGUAUUUUUUUGACUUCCUAGAGGAGCAAGCAGAGAAGAGAGGGAUCACAGACCCUGACACUCUGCACAUCUGGAAGACCAACAGCCUUCCACUGAGGUUUUGGGUCAACAUCCUGAAAAACCCCCAGUUCGUCUUUGACAUUGACAAAACAGACCACAUCGAUGCCUGUCUGUCUGUGAUUGCCCAGGCCUUCAUCGACGCCUGCUCUCUCUCUGACCUGCAGCUGGGCAAGGACUCCCCGACCAACAAACUGCUGUAUGCCAAGGAGAUCCCCGAGUACAGGAAGAUAGUGCAGCGAUACUACAAGCAAAUCCACGACAUGUCCCCGUUGAGUGAGCAGGAGAUGAACGCCCACCUCGCAGAGGAGUCGCGGAAAUACCGGAAUGAGUUCAACACCAACGUGGCCAUGGCCGAGAUAUACAAAUAUGCCAAGAGAUACCGCUCACAGAUCGUGGCUGCCCUGGAUGCCAACCCCACAACGAAGCGCACGCAGCUCCAGCACAAAUUCGAACAAGUGAUUGCGCUGAUGGAGGAUAACAUCUACGAGUGCUGCAGCGAAGCCUAGGCCGGCUGCAGCCCUGGAAGUGACCUUUCUCGCAGCACAGUGCCACAGGGGACCUGCCUUCAGCCUCAGGCACACCGUGGUCAUCCUCAAACCAGCCUUGUGGUGGGGGUGGGCCUGACCAUGGCCGAAGGCCUUCCUCACAUCACAAGAAGCCACAAGACAUCUUUCAGAGCAGCUCAAACUCCUCUGGUAUGCACUGUGGCACCCAUAAUUUAUUUGCUGUUGCCAGCCAGAAAUGGAGGUGUAACACUUGGGGCAAGCUCAGUUCACCACUUCCCUCUGGUCAGCGCCCGAGCAGUCAGUGCUCCCUGCAUCCCUGUGUGUGGCUCCUCAGGACAAGGGAUGGGGCUGCAGAGGCUGGAACAACAGACACAAAGCAGAAGGGUCACCUCGGGAAGUAAUGAGUAGAGACAGCAUAGGCCAUCAGAGCAACGCCUGAGUUCCCUUCCACUCCAUCCCUCCUACAUCCUUGUUUUUUGAACACCAGGGACUCUUAUCAGCUGUUCACUAUCUGCUGCAUUCUGUGUAUUUUUGUGCCUUUUGAUUUUUGUACUGUAUGUGUAAACAUAACUGCCCCUCCAUCUGAGACUUGGGCAACAUGGGGAACUUGGGGCUGAGACAAAGCAAUUGCUUCCCAAGCAGCUAAGGCGUGGUGAAAGCACUUUAUCCUUAACAGAGACAGCUGUUUGGGUGCCAGAGGGAGUGCAGUCCGUGUAAGACAGUGUGGGAAGGGCUGUUCCCCCUUCCCUGGGUUCUUGUCUCUCAUGCACAGCAAGCUGGAGGUGCAGUGGGUAGGCAAAUAUCCCACUGCCCAGCCGGCUGGCCGCAGGCAUGGUCCUGUCUAGACCAGAUGCAGACAGAGGGUGAGGGAAAGACAGUGCCCCUUGCUCCCAGCCUCGCUGCACUGGCUCAACCUGUGUCUGUGGCACUGCCCCACCUUGGCCCCAGUAAUGCCUUUCAUGCCAACAGGGCCAGGUCCUGCUGAGAGCCCUGUGGCAAUGGCCUCGAGCCACACAGGGCAAACACCAGGUAGCAUUCUCUCUUUUUCUGCCUCUCCCCACGGCCAUCACCGAACACAAGGUCGGUGCUGCAGAGGUGUCUCCCAAAGCAGCUUGUUCUGCGUGCUUCAGGCCCAGCCCCCAUAUCUGAUACCUAAGAGCAGCCAAGAGAGGGGGGCUUGGCUGCAUGGCCAGCCUGUUUUCAGACUUUAAAGGCAGAGGGACUGGACCCAAGUCCUGGCAGCCCAGCACCGAUGCAGGCCAGCAGAGCACUUCCAGUGUCCCGAGCUGCAGACUAAGGGAGAGAGUGUUCAAGGCCUAGGCCGGGGUCAGUGGGAGGGUCCCACUGGCAGACAAAUGGACCUCAUGCGAGACCAGAAACCCCAGUGCUGCACUGUGGCACUUGCACUGGGGCAAUCCCCCAUCCCAGCUUGGUGGCCCCUUCUCCUUCCUGCAGCCUGGGGAGCUGUGACCGCUCUGGUCUCCGGUGUCACACAGGCCCCUCUGAAGAGGCUGGACACAGCCAGCGCCAUGGGCUCGAAGCCAGCAUUCCUGCAUGGGCAAAGGCUCCUGCCCACAGGGCUGACCCACUGCGGAUGCCAUGCUUCAGACUGCCAAAUAGGAAAGAAACAAAGAAAAAAGUUACUACCUCACUGCAGGAGGGUGUCAGGGGAGCCUUUGUUAGUCAUCCAACUGACAAUGAUGCAGCCUGGUAUUAGAUAACUGUUCACCAAAAGUCCUCCUGGGUGACUCUCUGCCAUGGACAGGUGGCCUCCAUUCCACUGUUUCCAGUAAUGCCACAUUUGUCAGAAACCGGAAUAUCAGAGUCGUGUAUGUGUACAUAGAUAUCUAUUUUAAAACAAAUGAUAGACUUUAUCCAGUACGUUAAAAGGGGGUAAGGGAGGGAAGGGAAAGGGGAAGAACAGAGGGGUUUUUUUAAAGAGAACUACAGAAAAAGUACUUACACUGUGGAGGUCUCAAUGUCUUUACUGAGGAUGUGGCUUCAGAAUAUAAACUCUUAAGAAUGUAGCUGGGCUACAUUUUAUUUUGAAUUUUUUUUCUGUUAGAAACUGUGAAUAGCUGCCAGAGAUUUAGGCAGGCCCAGUGCAGGGAAGGCAAGGGCAAGAAGGAGCAAGGUAGCAGAGAAUGUUGAGCUUGGUUGGAGGCAGGGAAAAGGUGAUGGAGCUAUAGCCCCAUGUUGUUUGUUAAAGGGAAAGGAUACAAGUGAGUCAAGAGCAAGCAGAGUUUGCCUCCAGGUGUUGUGACUGGGCUGUGUAUUGAGACUAUUGCUUUAUUAUUUAAUUUUUAUCAAAGCAAAAAAAAAGGAAAAAAAAAGAAAAGGAAAAAAAAAAGAAAUAUUUGCUACAACCAUGUAAAGGAACAACUUUAGCAGAGCAAAAGCUCGAGGGUUUGUAGUGUUGUAUUGCCUUGAACCCCCGAGCCCUUUGUAACAUGUUUUUCAACUUCGGCACGUGUUGUGGAUGUAGUGCCCUUACCUGCUGUGUAGUGGAAGUGGCAGACUCCUGGCAAAGCCUAUCUUUGUAAUAAAACAAGGUGCUGAA